AGGGGGGGCAGGGCAGGGUCUGGGGCUCCACUCUGGGUGCAGGACCUGAAUGUGUGCAGUGUCAAAAUCUCAACACUUUUAAUCUUAUGUUGAGGUACAGAGGGACCUGCUGACCGCCGCUUCACACAUAACAUGGGGGGAAACAGCAGCUCGAGACUCGAGGAUGAAGAGGUUAUUACAGUGGUGAAGGGCAUCCGGCUAACAGAUCGUGUGAUUGAUCGUAUGAAGGAAUCUCCUAAAGCAGCAAAACAACGCCCUCAAUCAAAUAAACAAGCACAUCCACCUCUGAAUCUUGGCGUGCCUUGGUCCCCUACUGAGCCACUGGGACACAUAUUGCCUCAUCAUCCUUCUUAUGCCAGUUCUCUGGUGACACCACCUCUCCAAGUGCCUGUACCGUUUGCUUCUGUGAGUCAGGAGACUCCUGCACCACCUCCGCCUGCAGCUCCAUCUACAGUACCUACUGUAGAAGCAGUUUUGUCUUCUCCUUCAUCUCAGGAAAGUGCAGCAACUUCUCAGCAUACAGACUCCUUAAGAGGAACUACAGCUGUCCCUGCUGGUACUGGAGUCACACCUCCUUCAUCACAUGAAGAAUCCAUAGUCCCACCUGCAACUACUGAGUCCACAGCUGUACCUGUUGAGCCUUUCCCUACAAACACGCUUGCUGAAGAAAUUGCUGCAUCUAAAACUCCAUCUCCUGAUGCACCAUUCACUGCACCAGCACCAGUGCCUCCUCCUCCUGUUACAGCUGAAUCUGUGGAGGAGCUAGCACCCCCUCAGUCCUCUUCUACACUGGUCCUACCUUCUGAACUACCCUUUAUGGGGCAGAGGGGACCAACUCCCACUGAAGAGACUUCAGCUCCACAAGCUUCUGCUCCUACUGCAGAGCCUGAUGUUCUCUCUAUGCUGACUCCUCUUACUGAUACGCUAACUCCACUAGCCUCUCCAUCAUCACCCCAGGCUGUAGUAAAUGAGGAGGAACUGAGGAAGCAGAUCAGGGAUGAACUGCAGAAACAGCUGGAAGAAGAGAUGAAGACAGCCAAGCUGAAGAUUCAGCAGCAAUUGGAGGAGGAGAAAGCUAAGGCGGAGGCAGAGGCCGGGGCCAAAGCUCAGCUGCAGAUCCAGGCAGAGGUUCAGAAGGUUCUGGAAGGAGAGCAACAAGCCCUUCAGCAGUCUCUAAAAGAUGCUAUUAUGCAGGAGCGCAUGAACACUGAGGAUGAGCGUCUUGUAGCUCAGUAUUAUUGGAUGGAGAGAAAGAUUCAGAAGGUGGAGGAAAGAGAAAAACAACUGGAAAAGCAGGAUAUACUGUACAGAAAUCAGAUUACCAAACUGGAGGAGAAAACUGCACAGUUCACCAGAGUUACAGCAGAAAACUUCAGAAAGGGUUUGGAGGACACUCACAAUCGCUUCAAGAGGUCCCAGAUAAAGCCAGUUUGCUCAGAGCUGCAGAGUGAGAUUUUGAAAUGCUACAUGAUGAAUACAGGCAAGACUCUGACUUGCUCCAACAUUGCUUCGCUCUAUAUCCAGUGUGUGGACAACGCUAAACAGAACAAAAAGGUGAGCACAGGUGGUUAAUAACUGAUUCCCAAGAUCAACAGAAAUAUUAUCAUGAAAUGAGAGCACACACCACCUGAACAAGAAGAGCCUUACUACCAGCUAGACCUUAUCUUCAAUCUGUGAGUGAGAGUGUUCCUCUCUCUACUGCAAGAAUGUGAAGAAACUGGCCAAGGAACAACACUACAGAUAUUUUCAUACGGAUUAUCUGCAUGACAAUGCAAUGCAAACAAGGCUUAUUCUUUACUUUCCACCCACCAGUCUGAGGAAAUAUUUUGACACUGAAACUACACUUCCAGUCAGCAGGAAGAAUAAAGAACCGUGCCUUUUUUUCUUUUACUUUUAUCACGGCUGAAAGAGCUGAGCCGAAAGCCUAUUUUUUAAAUUCAAGAGAUGUGAGAGAUAUUGCGUGCCAAGGAAGGAAAUGAAAUACCUUCAUUAAGGAGAGUAAAAAUCCUGUCAUUUUUCUCUGUGAAAUUGUGAGGAUUUGUGUCAUUUGCAAUUUAAAGUAAGAGUGUGUGUGAAUGUGUGUGUGUGAGAGUGAGAGAGUGUGUGGAUGACCUAUAUUUCGAGGAGAGAGAGAAAAAGAGAGAUCAAUCUAGCCUGCCAAAAACUCAUUCCAAACACAAAAGCUCUGCCCCUCUUCCCCACAAGGGUGCGCUGUGGUUUCAGAGGUUUUUUUUGUUUUUUUUAGCAGCCAUUCUAAAAAGUCCUCCAGAGUAUUUAGGCAUAUCAGGGUCCUUAAUCACUUCUGAAUGACUAAACCAGCUUCUAUUUUGCAUCUAAAAUCAGCGCUGUAGCAGAAGCCAAACAGUAAUCAGAGACUGUGCAAUGGAGUGUUAUGUUUUUCCAAGAAACAGCUGAUGAAAUCCAAUAACCUGACGACGGCAGUGACACAGAGCUGGCUUAAAGGAGAUAGAGUGAUGUUACCUCUCUGCCCUGUGAGACUCUCAGAGCUAUGGGGCAUUGUCCCACUCUGCUCCCUUUGUGUAACACCCUGUCACCCUCUGAUAAAGCUGCCACACAUACACACACCUUCAUACACAGAACAAUCACAGAAGAUUACACAAUCCCAUCAAGUCCCGCUGUAUCUCUUGUGUUCCGUCUCUCACUCCUGCUCACUCUUGCUCGCUCUUGCUCUCUCUCUCCUUUAUUCACUUCAUGGGUUUAUGCACUUAUAAAAAAAAUGAAUGGCUGCACCCAGAAGGAAUUGUCGGAUUGCAGGGCUAUUCUGAAUGAAGAUUACCAGGAACAAUAAAUGAUUGAAAAUGUAGACUGUA